CUUAAAUAUAAUUUUUAUGUUUAAUUAAAUAAAAUUUAUUUUAAAAUAUUGAUACGAAAAAGAAAAUUUACAAUAUUAAUAAAAUUUUAAAAUAUAAUUUAUAUUUAUCUGUUAAAAAUAUUUGAAAUUUUUUUACUGUACAUGGUGCAAGAAAACACCUAAUAUAAAUAUAUAUAAUAUAUAUAUGUGACAAACCAAGAACAAAAUGACAUAAGAGGCAUUUGUAGUUGACAUUAUUUGAAAAGUAACUUCUACAUAAUAUCACAAACACAAAAUCAUAAUAAUCAAUCCUAUCAAAUUUUCAUUCAAUUUUCAAUGUAUGAAACGAGAAAAAGAAACCAGUAACUACCACAAGUCUACCUUUGCAAUUUGCAGACUUUUAACUCAAGACCACUUGACUAGGACCAGAGAGUCAACGACCCACAUCACACGCUCUUUCUAGGUUUCACUUAGAAUCCAACUUGUUACAUUAAGCUCUUUAAAUUUAAGAGUUCCAAGGUAGAGUACUAGAGUCAAGAGAGAGGAAGAUCAAAGAGAGAAUGGAUGAGAACAAUACCAGAACCAUUGUAGCAGCUCUGGUGAUUGUUUUCGUCUCCCUGGUUUUAAUGGAAGAACCUACAAGCAUUCCCUUAUGUAACAUCAACGCAAACACCUUGGAGAAGUGCCGUCCAGCAGUCACAGGAAACAACCCGCCGCUUCCAGGUGACGCAUGCUGCAUAGUCCUCCAAGCUGCUGAUCUCGAAUGUGUCUGCAAGUUCAAAUCUCAUAUUCCAAUUUUAGCGACCAAAUCACAUAAAGUCCAUGAUCUUCUGAGAAAAUGUGGCAUUAAAACAAUCCCUCCUGCAUGCCAAGAUAAAACCAAAGUAUCAUAGAUGUAUUUGAACCACUAGCUUAGUAGUACUGUAUCUGAGUAAUAAGCAAAGAAGGAAAGUUUUACAUUUCUAGUGCUGCUCUUUUUGUAACGUGCAGCUUUAAAGAAUUGAGGCGGAGACAGACCCCUCUACCACGGACUCUGCUUGAUCUUGUCCUGCGACUAAUCUGAUGUCUCUGAAUUACAAUAUGUUUAAAUAAAUCAUAAACUUGUAACGAUCUUUGAUCA